AGCGCUGCACGGAAUAACUUUUCUAUACUUUCGGUGACAUCAACAACGUAUCUGUAUCAUAACAAGGAAAUUGUAUGUCAUCAACCUGUUGAUUAGGAAUGUAUAGCUAGCUGACACUGUCAAGAUAAAUCAGAAUGGCGGAUGCGGAGAAAAAUGAAGCUGUCAAAUUUUGUUUCACUUUUCUCAUAAAGAAGUGUGUCAUUUAUGCAGCCAGCAGUUGGUCGUCGCCAUCUUUACAAAUAACAUGGAAACGUGGAGAACGCUUGAAACAUUUUCCACUGCCUUUCAAUGAGCGCACUGAAGAGGUGUUGACAUUCGAAGAUUUGACACCGCAGUCUAUGUUUGUGACUCUUCACAAGAACAGUGGAGAGUUUGAAGGCAAGGUUUAUACAUUACAGUUGGAAGAAACUGCUGGACUGUCCUUAAAGCGUUUAGCCACUCACUCAUUUAAUAUUGCUGAUUUUGCACUUCUUGAAAGUGAAAGCGAACUACAUUGUGAAACCAAAAUGAUUGAUUUGAAACCUCUCUCUAAAAUGGUACGACAAGUCAGUCUAACCGUCGAUAUAUCUUGUGAAUACUUAAAGACAGGAUUUGAAAGUGAUUCGGACAUUGAAAGCAAUUUCAGUCACAUCAGUGAUAGUGACGAUGAAACUAUUUGGCAUACUGACGUACUCCAAGAAAGAGCUGUGCAAAGACGAACUCUAAUGCUUGAAGAGUUGAAACGCGCUGACAAUGCGACAUUAACACGUUUUGGAAGUAUGCCCUCCUCGUCAGCGCUUGGUGUUCGGAAUACAAGAAAAGAUAGCACAAGAGAAACAUUGGAAAAGUUGAUCGUAGGAGAAGAAGUGAAAGAAAUUGUUCACCAAGUAUGCGAUGAUGAUUUUAUUGUGAGAAAAAGUUUGAAAAUCAAGAGGAUUGAGUUAGAGAAUGAAGCAUUGAGAGUUCGCAACGCGCAUCUUCUCGCCAUGUUGGGGACUUACAAACACGACGUGGAAAUGAUGCAAGCGGAAAUUAGUGAUCUACAUUCACUGGUGCAGAAUCUUCGUGUAAAGAUGAACACUAAUCGUGCUGAUACAAAGACAACAGAACCAGAAAGUAUCGCACAACCACAGAAGUUGCAAGGUUGGCUAUGCAAACGUGGAGUAAAGGGAGGACCGCUGGGCCGUCGUUGGAAAAAACGAUGGUUUGCUCACCAUCAUGAUAACUGUUUGUAUUACUACAAAAAACAGGAUUUUCAUCAACAACAGGGGUACAUCGAGCUGAGUCAAGUGUUGGGAGUACAAGACGUGAGUGCACACAAACAAGACAAAAAUAAUGCGACAUUUAAUAUCUUGACAGAAGAGAGGACAUACGUCCUUAUGGCACAUGAUGAACAAGAAAAAUUAAGGUGGAUCAACUGUUUGGACGAAUUAUGCCGCACUGUUACUUCAAAAGAAAGUGAACAUCACGAUGAAUAAAUUUUAUAGAGUUUAAUUUUUUAACACGAAAUCUUUUAUUGUAAUUUAUUUAUUUAUUUUGAUAAGUUUUAUAUUUUUAUAAGCACAUGUUUUAUGAAUAGGCAUUAUAAAAUAAAACUGUUUUUUUAUGCUGA